AUGAUAAUGAAAUUAACAUCAACAUGGGAAAAGUUAUGGAACGAAAUUGCGAUACGUGAUCUAGAUCGAAGAGAGAAGGCGGCACUCUUUCAACUGCCACCAUUUCUAGACCAUCCACAGGAAAGGGUAAAACAACCAACAUUUCCAUUCUGCAACAGCGCAGUCGACUAUCUCGGACCAUUUAACGUUGAGAAUCAUCCAAGUACCACCAAAGUAUGGAUCACCUUAUUCACAUGUCUCAACACCAGAGCCAUUUACGUCGACAUUGCAAGUUCUCUCAGCGCAAUAUGCUUCCUAAAAAUACUUCGCCGAUUCAUCGCCACUAACGGCACUCCCAGAUGGUUACUCUCUGACAACGCGCCAGCAUUUGUGACAGUCUCGAACGCAAUGUCAUCGCUGACUAGAAGGGAAGAACAAGACGUCAUCGACUAUUGCGCCGCCCACAACAUACGCUUCAAAUUCGUCGCAGCGCUGGCACCUCGGCAAGGAGGUGUCUACGGAAGAAUGAUUGGAAUUUUCAAGACAUCGUUCAAAGCGGCAGUAAGAAAUCGAACACUCGAUUUUGACGAGUUUUUCACACUGACAAAAGAAUGCGAAGCAAUAGUUAAUUGCAGGCCACUCACAUAUGUGUACAGCGAUAUCGAUUCUGGUUUCCCACACAGACCUAUCGAUUUUUUGCGCCCACCUUCCAUAAUCGGAUCACCACGCCUAGCGAUAGAAGACCAAGGCGACGACGAGUGGAAACCAGAGGAGACACAACAAGAUCUUUUACAGGACCAAUGGAACUCUACAAUCACGCUGCUAAACCGCUUCUGGCAACGAUGGCACGAAGAAUACCUGACAAGUCUACGAGAAAACUUCCAACACGAGCAUCGACAACCGCGUCACACUUCAUCGGAAUCGCCCUUCGAAGACCAAAUAGUACUCGUUCACGACUCAACGCGACCACGAGAAGAGUGGAAGCUAGAACGCAUCAUGAACCACUCCGAUCUCUCAGCAACAGUCAAACUUCCAAACGGCAACACCAUCACGCGCCCUCUCAAUCUACUUUACCCACUGGAAAUUCCUCCAUCGAAAACAGCGCAAGCCACUUCGCCUGAUGCAACCCAAACUAAAGCCACGAACGAUUCGAGGGAUAUUCAACGUGAAACAACAGGAAAGGCACGAACACACCCGAUGAUAUUACGAAGUCUCGCAAGACAACUCUACAUACCAAUCCUCGCCACUGCUUCCAUCAUUUCAAUAGUGUCAGCAGACUUUACAGCAUACAAUCCUCCAAAUACGAAAUGUGACAAAUACCAGUUUUCGCCAAACACAUAA